GAGAUCGUCUAGGAGUCCGCGUGAUGAUGGCCAAGCUGGGCUGCUUAGUGGCCCUGGGGCUGCUGUGCGGGCCGGGCCACGCUCUGCGGUCGUGCACCAAGGGCGGCCAAGUGCGCGUCCCGUGCGCGGACGAGCUGCUGCUGGGCCGGUCGGACCGGUUCCUGCUCACGCUCUUCGGCCACUCGUGCUAUACGAUGAACAUCGUGUCGCCGCAGCCGCUCGAGGUGCAGUUCUACGACUCGAGGGACCUCAAGAGCGGCCAGCUCAACACGGCCCCGGCCGUCCGCAAGCUGCAGGAGUCGACGGAGGAGGAGGAGGCGCUUAAUGCGACGCUCAACAGCCUGGCCGCGUUGGGCGACAACAAGGCGUGCCACAACGUGCUGAGCUGCUACCAGCUACAGGAGGGACUGUCCAAGGCCGCAGUCUACAACUUGGUCAUCUCCCGCUGGGCCAAUGUCAGCGCCGACCCGACGGAGGAUGGCCAGCAGGAGCAGGUGCAGGAGCAGGACGCCCCCAUUAGAGUCGCCGUGGAGCUGGAACACUGCGACCCAGUAUCACCCUGGCACUACGUCGGCCUGGUGUUCGUGGGGAGCAUCGGCUUCACGUCGACGAUGCUGCUGCUGUGCAUUGUCGGCGAGUUCGUUCUCGGGCUGCGGACCAUCACGAAGCUGCAGGCGGCAGCGCAGAGAGACCGACUCGUGGAGCUGGCCCAGAUCGACCCGACCAAGAUGAAGAAGGAGGUCGAGAAGAGCUCCGAGGAUUCGGACGAUUCGGAGGAACCGGAGCCGACGGCGCCGCUCAUGUCGACAGGAACGUCGGCGGACUCGGAGCCAACUGCGGAGCCCGAGGCCCGCUCUCCAGCUUGA